CGGACAAGAAGGAAGUCGCGUAACGGGCCAAACAGCCUUAAGCCUGACCCUAGCCCCUGCUCAAUACCAUGGCGAUUGACGAUGGCUUCGAGAGCGAGCUGAACUUCUCCAUCGACUUGGCUCGGAGAGCGGGGGCCAUCAUCAAGGAAGCCUCCGCCAAACGAUGGCAAAAUGCCAACGUGCAAAUCGACAGCUCCAAAAAGAACAGAGUCGACCUUGUCACGGAGACCGAUCAGCGAGUUGAGAAAGUCGUCAAGGAAGCUAUCGCGCAAACGUUUCCUCAGCACAAAUUCAUUGGCGAGGAGAGCUUUGCUGCCGGCGAAAAGGCGGAGCUAACAGAUGAGCCAACAUUCAUUGUGGACCCUAUCGAUGGCACUACCAAUUUCGCGCAUGGAUUCCCUUGGUGCUGUAUCAGCAUCGGAUUAGCAUACAAGAAGCAACCCGUCCUCGGCGUCAUCUAUAAUCCCUUUCUCGAACUACUGUACUCUGCGAGGAAAGGCCACGGGGCUUGGCUCAACGAGAGCACGCGACUACCGCUCUCGCAUCCCAACCCGCUGCCUCUCGCAAGCUUGGGCGAUGCCGUCAUCUGCGUCGAAUGGGGCAGCGACAGAAGUAAAGCUGUGAUGGAAGCCAAGGGCGAGAGCUUUACGAGAUUGGCGGGUGAUCCUACGCAAGUCAAAGGCGGCAUCAUGGCCCAUUCGUUGCGCAGCUUAGGUUCAGCAGCUCUGAACUAUUGCGCGGUUGCAGCAGGGCAGAUGGAUCUCUAUCACGAGAUCGGGUGCUGGGCUUGGGAUGUAACGGGCGGAGCGGCGAUAGCACGAGAAGCAGGCGCAAAGGUCUAUGCACGCAACGGCAAAGAGCUUCAAGGGGACGACCUCAUGGGCCAUCACUUCCUCGUCGUUCGAGCCAUAGCGCCUACAGAUAGCGAAACUUCGGAGCAAGUACAAGACCGCAUCGUCAAGGAAUUCAUGGGCGCAGUCACAGAAUAUGAUGUAUGA